AUGUUUGCCAUCAUUUUAAAUGUGAUCCUUUGGGUCCCCCACGUCCACGCGGUGUGGGCCUGCGUGCGGUCCUGCCCUGCCAACUGCGUGUGUACCCAGGAGCGGAGCUGCUCCGUCCUCUGUGAUCGUGCCGGUCUGGGGCAGAUACCUAGCGAGUUCCCUUGCGAAGCCUCCUCUAUCAACCUGGACAAAAACAGUAUCAAGUUCCUUUCCGAGAGGGCCUUCGGGACCCUGCCUUCCCUCAAAUCCCUGUCGCUCAACCACAACAAUAUCUCCUUCAUCACUCCGGGGGCUUUCAAGGGACUGCCCAGCCUGACGGAGCUGAAGAUGGCCCACAACGAGUACAUUCGCUAUCUUCACACACGGACUUUCACUGCCCUCAGACGGCUGGUCAAACUGGACCUGGCGGACUGCAACCUUUUCAACAUCCCAGACAGGAUCUUCAUUGAGCUGCAUGCUCUGCAGGAGCUCUUCUGCUUCCAGAACAACUUCCGGAGGAUCCCAGGUGCCAUCAGGGGCAUGGAGAACCUGACCCACGUUUACCUGGAGAGAAACAGGAUCGAAGCGGUAGCCUAUAACUCCCUGCAGGGCCUGACCAAGCUGAAAUACCUGAAUCUGCAGGACAACAGGAUAAAUGUAAUUCACGAGCGAGCUUUUCAAGGCUGCCAGAAGAUGGAGUACCUGUACCUGAACGACAAUUUGAUCAGUGAGCUUCCAGAAAACUCCUUCGAUGGCCUGAGGAGCCUGAAGAUGCUCAACCUGGGGGGGAAUUUUCUCAGGAAUGUUUCCAACACCUGGUUCAGGGACCUGGGGGAGCUGGAGGUCCUCUACCUGGAUCGCAACAGGAUCAACUACAUUGAGGAAGGGGCUUUCGAAAACCUUACCAGCCUGGUUGCAUUGCACUUGAACAGCAACAACCUGACGACCCUGCCCUUUUCUGUCUUCCAGCCGGUGUACUUCCUUGGGCGGCUGUACCUCUUCCGCAAUCCUUGGGAGUGUGACUGCCGCAUUGAGUGGUUGAAGGAGUGGAUGGAGAAUUACAGGCUCGUCAGGGAUAUUCCCUGUGCCUCUCCCUCCUCAGUAGCUGGGAUCGACCUGAUGGACGUGCUCUAUGAGAGAUCACCAGAAGGUUACUGUCUUGACCCGGUGGAGCUAAACAUCACAUCUGAAGGCCCAACCCCAAGUGAAGAGCCUUGGUCUACCACGGAGAGCAAGUUCAACAGCCUUAUCUCCAAACUCUUGCUCCAGAUGGGCCUUCCCGAAGAGGUGGCAAAUGCCACUGAGGUCUACAGUAACACCACGCAGCUGGAUGGACUGACUGGUGGGGUUUCUUCUGGGGUGGGGGAAGACAGUAUCGAGGCCGUCUCCUUCUCUUUUUACCUCCUAGCACUUUUUACAGUGAUUGUUUUGCACUGCAAAUAG